GCCGCUGUCAACAGGAAAGCUGGCCAAAAAGAUUGUUUGGCAACAUCACACGCAGUUUUCCUGUCAUGGAUCAAGGGCUGAAAAGGCUGCCUUUACUAGCUGUUCUCCUAAUAUUUUGGAGAUGUGCUUUUGGGUUUCCAGGUGGGGUUUACUCAAAAACCCAUCUCCAGUGGGGUCAGGAUACAGACAGUGCUUUUGCACCCCGUUCAGUCCAGUCAUCUCAGUCGGAAUCUCCAGUGACUAGGAGAUUUUCUGUUGAUGAAGUGGGCUCUAGUUUGAUCACUGAUAGAAGCCAGAUGAGCAGGUCCAGGUUUUCUACUCUACGCCAGUAUGUCAAGGGUGGUUUUUCCAGCAGCCAAGAGACAUCUCGUACCCAAACUGGCUCAGUUUCUUCAGCUUUGGCCGUGCCCCAAGAUGAACACCAGACAAGCAGUUUGACAUCUCUUCAACCCCAGGUUUCCUCCAGUUCAAGUGUUCAGAAUAUUGCAAGCCAGUUAGCCAGUGGACCGAGUUUGCAAAACCAGUAUCCUUCCUCAUCUCAUGGUGGUUCUGGUCUACAGUCGGCAGGUGGUUUCAGCCAAAUUGGUUCUCUCCAGCGUGAAGGCAUUACCAGUGGUCUUCCAUCAUCUCCAGGUGUCCCUAGUCAGCAUACCCCAGAGUCUCAUGUCAAGCUCAGUUCUUAUCCCCUAAUGGUUUCCAGCCAGGCCACCACUGAUCAAACUGAUUCCACCAGCCUUCACAUGUCUAGCACUCUGGAGAGUUCUGGCCCUUUAUUGGGAGUUUUGGGUUCUGCCUCUAGCUCUAAUGGUGACAUGUUGCUACAAUCUCAAAGCUCUUCUAGUCAGUAUGCCCCUGGAGCCUCUACAGAGCAUGUGUCCUCACCCUCCGUGAUCUCUUAUCAGCCUGCUGGUGACAAGGGAUCCCUCAGAAUCAAUGCUUCAGGCUCUGAGAACAGCUUUCCCCUUCAGUCGUCAGGAGCUGCUGUACAUGUGUACUCUUCAGAAAGCUUGUCUUCUAGUCCAUCUAUUGAGACUCAAGGCUCCACUUUUACUUCACAGGGCAGCCCUAUAACAGAACAAGUGAUAAGCUCUGGGCCAGUAAUUGUAACCACACAGGAAGUGAGCAGCGGUUCUAUUGGCUCCCCAUCUCAAAACAUAUCUAGCCAGUAUUCACCUGGUUCCCUGACACCUAGCAAGCUUGGUUCCUUGUCUCUGGGGGUUUCUAGCCAGUCCACAAGUGAUCAAGGCCUGUAUAUGUUCAGUGCUCCAAGCGGGUCUGUUAUGACACUAGCAAGUUCUAGUCAUUAUGUCCCAGUGCAGACAGGAAGCAGCUCUAGUGACCUCUCUUCUCCCAAGCCUCAAGGCACCUCUGCUGUGUAUGCCCCUUCAUCUCCCUCCAAGUAUCUAAAUGUUGCAGCUUCAUCACCCCAAAGUGUUUCUAUCCAAUCUGGAAGCAAUCAGCAUUUCCGUUGGCCGGUGGCACAGGUUGGCAGUGAAGCAGGAGAAUCCUGUCAGUUUAUGUCUUCCCAGGGAGGCAGCAGCUCUUACAGUGGUGCACUUUCCCAGCCUCAAUCUAGCCCAAGUAAAUAUUCAUCUGGCGCUCUUAAACCAACCUCGACCCAAACUGUUUCUAGACCAUUAACAAGUGUAGCAAGCUCACGUGGCAGUACUGGUGCUCCUUUUGGUGCCUCUAGUCAAUCGGCCUCACAGGGAAUGAGUAGCAGUUUCAGUGGCUCCAUGCAGUCUCUGGGUACAUCUAGCCAGUAUGCCCCAAGUUCACCUACAUUUUCCAAAUUUAGUUCCUCACGCCAAGUAUACAGUCAGUCCACAAGUGAGCCAGGUAUGCAUAGUCAAGUUCCAUCCACCUCACAGAUUGGCUCUUGGCCUCAAUCAGGAGUUUCUAGUCAGUUUGUGCCUUCCCAGGAAGGAAGUAGCUCUUACAGUGGCUCUUUCCCCCAGUCUCAAUCCAGCUCUAGUAAAAAUUCAUUUGAAGCCCAUAAACCCACCUCACCCCAAACUGUUUCCAGACCAUCAGCCAGUGUAACAAGCUCUCAGGGCAGUUCUGGUGCUCCUUUAGGAGCCUUUAGUCAAUUGGCCUCACAGGGAGUGAGUGGCAGUUCCAGUGGAUCUGCUCAGGGUACAUUUAGUCUGCCUGCUCCCAGUUCACCUACAUUUUCCAAGUUUAGUUCCUCACGCCAAGUAUACAGUCAGUCCACAAGUGAUCCGGGUUUGUAUGGUCAACUGUCAGCAACCUCACAGUUUGGCUCUCGGCCUCAAAAGGUAACUUCACAACUUUUACAAGCAGCAAGUGGCUUUAACAGUGGCUCGUUACCCCAGCCUCAAGGAUCUUUGGGUCAAUACGCCCCUGCAUUCCCCUCCAAAUACGUAAAUGCUCCCCUGGCAUCACAAGGUUUGGCCUCACAGGGAAUGAGUAGUAGUUUCAGUGGAUCUGCUCAGGGUACAUUUAGUCAGCCUGCUCCCAGUUCACCUACAUUUUCCAAGUUUAGUUCCUCACGCAAAGCAUACAGUCAGUCCACAAGUGAUCCGGGUUUGUAUGGUCAACUGUCAGCAACCUCACAGUUUGGCUCUCAGCCUCAAAAGGUAACUUCACCACAACUUUUACAAGCAGCAAGUGGCUUUAACAGUGACUCAUUACCCCAGUCUCAAGGAUCUUUGGGUCAAUAUGCCCCUGCAUCCCCCUCCAAAUACCUAAACACUCCCCUGGCAUCACAAGGUUUUGCCACCCAGUCUGCUACUAAGAGUUCACGUAGAGGGCUUACUACUUUCCUAGGUGGAAGUCAGUCAGGAUCUUCUCUCACCUUACAAGGAAGUGGCUCAUCGUCCAUGCCUCAAGGUAGCAUGAGUCCGUUUGUCUCUGGGUCUCCUUCCCAAUAUUCAAGCGCGUCCUUGUCCUCAACACAGAGUGUUGCCGGCCAGUAUAGCCCAGCAUCUCAAAGGGUGUACUCUGUGUCCCAGAGGCCACAAAGACUGGAACCAUCAGCCUCUAGUUGGACCCAAGGCAUUCAGUCCUCAGGUGCAGCUUUGUCACAGGGCAACUACCAGUCUCUACCAGUCCAGACUUCUGAUACAGCUUCAUCCCAGAGCACCUCAAGUGCGCAGAUGCCUAGUGGGUUCUCUUCAUCUCUGCCUGCCUUGAGCCAGAAUGUUGCACCUGUUGCCCAGAGUGGUCCGAUGUCUGCUGUUCGGAGAAGCCAGAGUCCUUUAGGUGGGGUCCAGAGACCGUCAAGGCUAUCUUCAUCUUUUCAAGCUCCCUCUGGCUCAACAAUCAAUGGCCAAAUGUCUGAACGCUUCUCUUCACACCAUGCUGCAGAUUCCAGUUUGCCUCCCUCUUCAGGCUUGAGUGCCCAACUGUCUUCAAGGGAAAUGUUCUCUGGUUCAUCUCUGCCACAAACUGCUCAGACUCUCAGUGAAUAUGGGUCCCAGUCACAUAACCAAGAGAGCACCGCUUCAGUGGCUAAUUAUGCUUUCCAGAUGUUUUCUGGUAACUAUGGCCAGGAUGCUUCAGUCAAAAAAAUCUACAGCUCAUCUGGAUGAUAUUACUGUCAAGGGCUAAAGGACAUUGCAACAAAUGUAACAUGUUUUCAAAAGAUCUAAAUGUGUUUUUAAAAUAAAUAUUUUUGCAACAAAGCUUUUUUUCUUGUGGGGUUUCAUUUAAAGACGUUCCCUUUAUGUGACUCUUGCCUCCUUACUGUGCUCAUUGUUUUUAU